AUGCGCUAAGCGCUCUCCUCGCUAGCUCGCCUACAUGAACACAGGCAUCCAGUGUCCCGCACAGAAGCAUUUACAAAUGAUGCAGCUUCCUUCGCGCCUGAUAAAGUCCCUUUCAUUUUCUUCAUUACCAGCUACGCCUACCCUUCAAGACAUUGCUUACCAGCAACCAAAAGGUAUUGCAAAGGUUGUACUGAAAAAGGGUAAGUCACAGCUCUUUAAGGAUGGAAAUCCAAUGGUUUACAGUGGAGCUGUUGAUAGAAUAAUUGGAAGACCGCCUCCUAAGACUGGAGAUAUUGUUCUGGUGGCUGAUGGCACUGAGAAGCCAAUUGGGUGGGGCAUGUACAAUUCAGCUUCUAUGUUCUGUGUUCGGCUCAUGCAGUUUGAAGAUGAAGCUACUAGUGACCCAUCGUGUGCUUUGAACAUCAAGAAAUUGCUUGAAACAAGAAUAGCUUCAGCCAUUGAAUUGCGUGAAAGGUUGGGUCUUCCUUCAGCACAGACAAACGCAUAUCGUCUAAUUAAUAGUGAAGGGGAUAGAUUAUCAGGAUUGAUCAUCGACAUCUUUGGAGAUGUAGCUGUAAUAGCAUCAUCUGCUGCUUGGGUUGAGAAGUACAGAGCAGAGAUAGAGGCAUGCAUCUGUAAAAUUGAUGGUAUCAAUCACAUAAAUUGGCGACCAUCUCUUGAUCUUAAGGAAGAAGGCAUGGAUGUGUCCAAUUUGAAGGAAAUUCAUUCAUCUACCAGUCCUGAAAGGUCAAAGAUUAUGGAAAACGGAAUUUCAUAUGCAAUUUCUCUCCAGGGUCAGAAGACAGGAUUUUAUGCAGAUCAGCGUGAGAACCGCCACUUUGUAUCAAGAAUUUCAGGUGGACAGAAGGUUCUUGAUAUUUGCUGCUAUAGUGGUGGUUUUGCUCUAAAUGCCAUACGUGGAGGUGCUGUGAGUGUUACUGGUGUUGACACAUCACUGGCGGCUUUGGAGCUUGCUAAAGAAAAUGUUGUACUUAACAAUAUGGAUCCUGAAAGCAUAUCAUUUUUGAGAGAAGAUGCAACGGCAUUUAUGAAGAGUGCUCUCUCAAGAAAUGAAUCAUGGGAUAUUAUCAUCAUUGAUCCUCCUAAACUAGCACCAUCAAAGAAGGUUCUGCAUAGUGCAUCAGGCAUGUACAGAAAUAUGAACUCAUUGGCUAUGAAACUAACAAAAAGAGGCGGCCUUCUAAUGACUUGUUCUUGUUCAGGAGCUGUAGCCCAAAGUGGAAUAUUUUUGCGGAUUCUUCAGGGCGCAGCAUCCAUGGCAGAGAGAAAAAUCACUGUUCUAAGACAGGCUGGAGCAGCUUGUGAUCAUCCUGUGGACCCAUCUUACCCAGAAGGUGCAUACCUUUCCAACAUCCUACUACGAGUACUGUGAGGAUGGUGCAUAAGAGGUUCAUUCACUCGAUUGCUUCCACGUAGUUCUGUAUGUAUUGUAAUUUGGAAAAUUGCUCAAUAUCUCAGGCACAAAAUUGUGCUUUUCUCAAACUAACUUAAAAGGCAAAGAUUUUCAUUGAUUCUUAUAGCUCGCAAGCAAAGCAAUGUAAUGUGUGGUUAGAAGGCCUAUUGCAGUUUCAAAUGCUAGGGUUAUUAAUUUUUUGGAACUAUACUGUAAUGGAAUUCUCUGUUAACUAGAAUCACUCCUGUACAAAUGUAUGCACGAUUGAAACAUUUUCAAACAAUCCAAUUUCAUUAUCAAGA